UGGAGCCAUACUUUUCUUGAUAUGUUUUUGUCUCCUUCGGGCACGAUAUCCAUAGGUGGCAGUAUACCAUUACGUUAUGUUGUUCCCAGCGCCCCUAGCAGAAGAAGUACAACAGGAAGAGAGCGCGGUAUUUGUUUGAAAUACAACGAUGUAUUUACAAAUGUAGAUUCUUAGCCACGAAUCAUUGAUUUUUAUCGAGAGAAGAUGUCAUGCAGCCAACACAGCUCGUUUAAUUCUGUCAGCAACACCGAUUGUUCUCUAUCCAGCGUUAUAUUAGAGAAAUUCAAGGAUGUUAAUUUGGAUGCAACCAUAAACGGCAAAAUUGAUUACAAAAGCACCCUAGUGUUACUUUGUGCAAAAUGCAAUGUAAUCCUGGGCGACUCCCUUGGAGUGUGUGGCGAAUAUGCUGACUUGAACUCUGUCAUCUGUUUAAAAGUCACUGAAGAUGUGAUUGUCAAAGGCGAUCAGAAGCCCAGCCUUGAGGGCCCACUCGCUACUUGUAUAUACUCUUCUCUUCAGUGCUCUGGCUGUUUUUCUGUUGUUGGUGGAGUGCUGCAGGCAACCCCACCACAUUUGUCAGCGGUGCGUGACUAUUUUCUUCUACAGAAAGACCGCAUCAACUGUUAUAAUAUAGUGAACAGCACAAUGUUGGAAGGAUCCACUCUCAACUUCGAGCAAAAAUCCAUUGGGGAGGAAAUCUUCAAGCUCAAACAGGAGCUAGAGAGUGAAAUGAAGAGACUGGUGCUCCUAAAGGAUUUGCUCUGCCGGGGAAAUUAACCAGAGGCAUGGGCCAGAUAGGCCUCGAUACAGAAGUCCCCUUAUCGCUGAACAAACAGUCCAACAGUCUCGAUCACCUAUUCUGUGUAAAGUGUAAAUAUAUAGGUAUUGACGUGGAAGUAUGUGCAUUUUGUUGUAGGUCAAAGUGGUUGUUCUGUAACUGCAAACAAUUCAAAUUGAUGGUAAUAAAAUGUAGGUCUAUGGUGACAUUUAUCUAAACUACAUGAAUAUUUUAGAAUUUACUAAAUUUGCAAUAUGUUGUGUAAAAUAUUAUUUAACGUUCAAUUGAAUUAAAAAACAACAGAUGACCGAAUUUCACUGGGCAUGUAGCAUCAGUCACAAAAUCAUGUUGUUUUAUCCUUUACAAUAUCAGAUCUAUCAGACCUUAUCUGAUACAAAAUGGCACAAAACGUCUUACACAAGCCAUGAUGGUUGUUUCCCAACUGAACAAUUGCAAUUCAUUGCUAGCUGGCUUACCUGUGUGUAGUGAGUGAGAGACCAUUACAUAUGAUUCAGAGUGUUGCUACAUGUCAGCUAAAGACCCAUGUAAUUCUGUUGGUUACUGUUCACUGGCUUCCUAUAGCAGCCAGAAUUCAAUUCAAAUCCCACACUCAGUCUGGCCUAUGAUGAGUCUGCUGUGCCCACUAUUCUUUAACACUUAGAGGUCACAAUCAAGACUGUUUUCCUUUGUGGUUCCUGGUUGGUGGAAUGAGUUGCCUGUGUUCUUGUGAUUUAGGACUUUCGAGAAAUCUUUAGAGACUCAUCUACUUACCUUACACAUAGUUAAUCAAUUCUCUUAUAGAGCUAUGGUUUAUAUGUUUAUGGGUUUUGUUCAUGAAAACUCACAAUUUCCAUCGUUGAUAUUGUUGUUACUACU